AUGGAGGAGACGAGCAUGGGAUGCCUAAAUCCCAAUGGCAUAGCUCUGAUAGCUGCUGUUAUGUCUUAUGAGAAUAUUGAUGAUUUAGAGUAUCAUUUUCACUCUUUGUCAUGUCUUUUAAAUCGAAAUGCAUUUGAGAUCACACCUGUUGAGUUUGUGCAAUUGAACCAUGCCUGUCAUGAUUAUAGCAUGAGUAAAAGUAAUUUGCUUCUUGAAAAUGCUAUUGUAGAAACAGAAGCCCAACGGCAACAGCUAAUUAAAAGGGCAAAAGCAAAAGAGUAUUUAAACAAUGAACCUGUG